AUGAAUAAUGAAGACACUAUUAACAAUAAUAGUAUUAUAUUUACCAAUAACAACAUUAUUAAUAAUAUUAAUAAUAAUAAUAAUAAUAAUAAUAAUAAUAAUAAUAAUAAUAAUAAUAAUAAUAAUAAUAAUAAUAAUAAUAAUAAUAAUAAUAAUAACAUUGAAAGCGAUAGUGAAGUUUUAUUUUGGAAAGUUUUUCAUAAUAAAUUUUUAUUGUAUUAUAUAUUGAAAUGCGUAUCAUUGCUACCAUUAGAAUUUACAGAUACUGAAUUGUAUUAUGUUGGAAAUAGAUCAAAAUUUUCAAAUAUUAAAUCACUUUAUUGGAUGUUAUAUCAUAAACAAUUCACACUUGUAAUUGAUAAAUUAAUAUCAAAUCAAGUGGUUUAUAUAUCACCAGUUUCAAUUGAAUAUUUAAUUGAAAAAUGUAAACAACCAACAACAACAACAACAACAACAACUACAACUACAACAACUACUACUACUACAAUUACAACAAAAACAACAACAACCACAGAAGAACAAGAGAAUUUAUUAAAACAAUAUAAACAAAUUUAUCAACUUUUAAUUGAAAAAAAUAAAAAAGAAUUACAAAGUGUAAAUUUAGUAGAUAGCUGUAUUAGAAAUGAUAAUACAUUAGCAUUACCAUUAUUCUUAACAGAUUCAACAAAUUUAAUAUUACCACAAACCAUUACUACAUGUAUAAAAAAUUGUUCCUCUGAUACAUUAUCAUUACUACUUUCAUCAAUUAAUCAAAAUUCAACAAUACCUUUAUCAGAAUAUAUAAAUCCACGUCAAACAAUUUUAGAUGCAACUUUUAAUGAGCAAUAUAGAGAUGAAAUGAUUAAAUUUAUAUUGGAUUAUAAAUAUAAAUCAAAUAAUAAUAAUAAUAAUAAUAAUAAUAAUAAUAAUAAUAAUAAUAAUAAUAAUAAUAAUAAUAAUAAUAAUAAUAAUAAUAAUGAUGAUGAUGAUAAUGAUAAUAAUAAUAAUGGUGCAGAUGAAAAUUUUAAAAAAAUAUUUGAACCAUUAAAUAAUACAACUAUACCAAAUUUCUCAUUAAUAAAAUCAAAACAAUUAAAGUUAAGAAUGGUUAAAGAAUUUUCAAAUUUCUUUUACUUGGAUCCAAUUUCACCAAGUUAUCAAAUUUUAUCACAAUCAAUUGAAGAAUGUAAAUCAUAUAUUCAAUUAUUAUAUAUAAAGAUUGGUGUUGGUAUACCAAAACAUUUAUUAUCAGAAAUUAAUCAAAUUGAAAAGAAAUAUAAUAAUACUGAUCAAAAUAAUAAUCAAUUAAUAAUUCAAAAAUUGAAAGCAAUUGUUAUUAAAGAGACUGGAUCAUUAGAUUUCUAUUUACAAUAUUUAUUAGAGUAUGAUCAAAUCGUUGAAAAUCAUCAACAUAAUCAACCACAGAAAUUAUUAAUUUGUAAUUACACAUUAGCCUUAUUUUCAUUAAAUGGUUUAAAAUAUUUAGUUAAUGAAAGAUAUCAAAUUACUGAUACAUCAUAUCGUAGAGAUGAAAUUAAUAAUAUCUUUAAAAAAUAUCGUGGUCAAAUUUUAAAAAAUCAAUCAAAAAUUAUUGAAUUCUUUCAAUUUUAUUUUCAAAAAUUAAAAAUAAAUAAUAAUAAUAAUAAUAAUAAUAAUAAUAAUAAUAAUAAUAAUAAUAAUAAUAAUAAUAGUAAUAAUAAUAGUAAUAAUAAUAAUAAUAAUAUAAAUAAUAAUAAAAGAAAUUCAGAUAUAUUAGGAUUAAAAAAAUGGGAAGAUAUUAUUAAAUUUUUAGUAAUUAAUUGUUCAAUUGAAACAUUGAAUGAAUUAAAAGGAAUUGAAGGUUUUCCAAUUGAACAUUUCUUAUGUAUUAAUCAUAGGGAUAUUCAUGAUCCAUUGAAAUAUGAUUGGUUUGUUAAAUGUAUUUUAUUGGAGAAUAGAAAGAUGCCACAUUUCAGAUCAACAUUACAGUAUAUUAAAGAUCAAGAGAAUUUCUACCCACAUUCAUGGCAAUUAAUAACAAAAUUAGAAUCGAAAUUAAAGAUUAAAUUAACUGACGAAUAUUAUCAUUUAUUCAUUCAUUCAAUUUUAACUUAUGAUUUAGAAUCAAUUUUAAAAUUGAAUACUUUAAAUUUAAAAUUUAAAGAUCAAUCUUAUUAUCAAUCAAAUGGUAAUGUUGGUUUUGCAAGUUCUAAUAAUUCUGUACUUUUAAAUAAUGUUGUAAAUGAUGAAAAUUAUAAUAAUAAUGACCAUAUUGAUGAAUAUUAUCAUUAUAAUAGUAAUAAAAAUUUUAAUAAUAAUAAUAAUAAUAAUAAUAAUAAUAAUAAUAAUAAUAAUAAUAAUAAUAAUAAUAAUAAUAAUAAUAAUAAUAAUAGAAGAAAUAACAAUAAUAAUAAGAAUAGAUAUAGAUUUAGAAAUAGAUAUGGUAUUGAUGUUGGUGCAAUGAUUAUUGGUAGUAGUGGUGGUGGUGGUGGAGGUGGAGGUGGUGGAGGUGGUGUCAAUAAUGAUGAAGAAAAUGAGGAUAAUAAUAGUAAUAUUGAUAAUAUUAAUAAUAGUGAUGAAAAUGAUGAAAAUUGUGAAAUUAAAACUAAAUUUAAAAUACCAGAAACAUUUGAUAAAGUUUUAAAUUUAUUUACUUAUUUUAAUAUAACACAAUUUAAAUCAUUUACAGCACAAAUUUUUAAGAAUAUGAUAAAGCUAUUUUUAAAUAGUCCUGGUAUUACUUUGGAAGAGUUAUCAAUGGUACCUUGUAAUUUCAAUAUUUUUAAGAGGGAAUCAUUAUAUCUAUUAUUGACAUUCAUUUAUCAAAUUAAAUUUGAAAAGGUUUGUUUCAUAAUAAAGAAUACUAAAUUUCAAUUCAAUCUAAAUGGUAUUCAAUUCCCACCAGAUUCAAUCAUUAAUAAAUUUCAUAGAGAUCAUCAAUUCGAUGAUAAUUCAGUUGAUCCAAAAACUUUUAAAUUACUAAAUUUUAAAAAUCAUUUACAAAUAAUUCAAAUUAUAAAUUCAUUAUUUGAUUGGAUAUCAUUAGUUACAAAUUUAGAACAACAACAACAACAACAACAAAAUAAUAAUGGUAAUAAUAAUUUUUAUGAUCAAAAGAAAAUGUUAACUUUGUUUUUACCAGUUUUUGAUUAUUUAUAUAAGAGAUUAUUACAAACUAGUGGUACAACAUUAAAGGAUAUUGAAAUGGUAAUAGUUUUAUUUAAAAAGUUUGGUAUUACAAUUCAAGAGGAUUUCUUUAACAUUUUCUUUUAUUUCCUUAUAAAAUCAAAUAAAUUUAAAAAAUAUUUCAAUUAUAAAUUAUCAAAUCUAUUAACAACACCAUAUGAUUUAAUUGAUAAAAAGAAACAACCAAAAUUAGAGAAAUAUUUUAAUAGUAGUGCUUUCUCUUUUAAUCAAAUUUUAAAUACAAAUUUUUAUGAUUUAUUCUUAAUUUUAAAAAAUCAUUUAAAUUAUCAAAUUAAUUUAAUGCCACCACAACCUCAACAACCUCAACAACCUCAACAACCUCAUCAUCAACAACAACAACAACACUACCUUAAUUUUAAUAAUUUCAUUGAAAAUAUUAAUAAUCAUAAUAAUCAUAGUAUUCAACAAAUUGAAAAUCUUUAUCAUCAAGCUAAUAGUAUUCAUGCACAAUAUAAUAAUAAUAAUAAUAACAACAAUAAUAAUAACAAUAAUAAUAAUAAUAACAACAACAAUAAUAAUAAUAAUAAUAAUAAUAAUAAUAAUAAUAAUAAUAAUAAUAAUAAUAAUAGUGGUAAUGAUGAAAUUAAAAAUAAAUUAAAUCAAAAGGAUAGAAUGAUUGAAGAUUUGAAAUUUUUAUUAGAUAUUGGAUUAAUUGGUUUAGCAUUAAAAUUAAUUAGAGAGGAAGAAGUUUUAUCAAAGGAAGAAUUGAAACAAGUUAUUGAAGAAAUCUUAAAAUCAUUAGUAUCGAUCAUAUCAGUUGAAGAUUUUGAAUGUUUUAUUCAAGAUGGUUUCAUUGAAAUUAAUGAAUUAUUAAGUUUUGCUAUAAUAACUUCAAGAUUAGAUUUAAUUAAAAUAAUUUUAGAAGAUUAUAAUAGUGAUGAAAUUAAUAAUCAAAAUGAUAAUGAUGAUUUAUUAUCAAAAAUUUCAAAUUAUUCAUGUAUAUUUGAAACAUGCCAAAAUGAUAUUAUCAUUUAUUUAUUUUCAAAAUUUAGACAACAAUUAACAAAUUAUGAUCAAAGUAGAUGGCAAGUUAUUGAUUCAAGUGAACCCGAUUUAUUCGAUAUUUCAUUCAUGAAUGGUAAUUUAGAGAUAACUCAAUUAUUAUUAAGUUUUUAUCCAAUUUAUAGUGGUAAUGGUAAUGGUAAUGGUAAUAAUAGUAGUAAUAAUAAUAAUAAUAAUAAUAAUGGUUGUAGAUUUAAAUUUAAAGAAGAAAUAAUUCAAAAAACUUUAUUAAAAGGUUGUUUUCCUAUUGUUAAAUUUUAUUAUGAAAAUGGUUUCUUCAGUAAUCAAUUGGUUGAUUCAAUUAGACAAUUACCAAUUUCAAAGUUUUUACCUUGGUUAACAAAUAAAAGAAAAUUUGAAGAAUUAGAAUUUUAA